UUAGAUUUCAGUCUGUGAGACGCUGAUUGAGCUCGAUGGAGCCUGUGUGGUCUUCUCUGUCUCUCACAGUCUCUGAUUGUCGCUGAAGUGCCCCCGUAUCACGAGCAGACCCUUUCGGCCCCUGCCCAGGUCUGCUUCCUGGUAUGUAACGGCAAAAGGAAGAGGAGCCCCUGCCUGAGUUUCCAGUACCUGCCUGUCCAUAUCAAGACAGAAGACGCCAGCGAGGAGUUCGAGCCCAGAGCCCCCAGCCUGUGCCAUCGCCCAGCAGAGUACCCGUUGCCCCCUGGAGGAGGGUUGCUGGAAGCUCGAGACCUCGGCCCAGUCCCCCUACCGGGGGAUGAGGAGGAGGCGGCAGGACUUUCUGCAUUCCACCAGCAUCCUCUUGGCUUGGGCCCAAGACCUGAGUCCUACAGCCCGAGGCCCGAGGCCUGCGGCCAGCAGCCUGAGGCUUACAGCCUGAGGCCUGAGGCCUAUGGCAAGAGCCCUGAGGCCUACAGCAUGGGUCCUGAAGUCAGCAGUCCAAGGCCUGAGGCUUACGGCCAGGAGCCUGAGGCCUACGGCAAGGGGCCUGAGGCCUACGGCCCAGCCUGCCUGCUUGAGGCCCACGACGGGCUCUUCCAGCCGUCCAGGCCCUCGGCUCCAGGACAGCCUAUUGCCGGGUCCGAUGGCGGUCUCUUUCCCUGGGACCCACACCCCCACUGCAGCCCCUGCUCACCUCACAGGGCCGGGGGGCGGGCGGGCCUGGUCUCGCGGUCACCGGGCACGGGGUGCAGCGGAGAGAAGCAGGAGAGAGCGACGAUGACAGAGGAAGAGGAGGAGAUCCACGACUGCGAGGUCCCGUUCAGAACCAUCUCCAUCCAAGGUAUCACCCUGGAUGAUGUGAAUGAGAUAAUUGGACGUGAUCUGAGUGAGAUCCCCCAGACCGUGGGUGUGGACAGAGCUGUCGACGCACCGUGAGCAGGAGGGCCCUGUCGGUUUUCACUCUCUCUCCCUGACCCUCUCCGUGAGAGUACGGACACCUUCCCCGUGCUCCCGGCCUGGGGCUGACUCCUGGAGCUGAGAUACUGGGCUCCUGGGGCUCCAGGCAGACCCAAAGCCUUCAGAGCUGGCUCUUCCUUCUGGGACCAUCCCCAACACUCUCUGUCUCUCUCUCUCUUUCCCCCCCC